CCUAUUAAUGUUCUUACUCCAUCUUUUUCGCCUGCAUUCUGUGCAGGGGCCUAUGUAUCCGGCCUGUUUGUGGAUGGAGCCAGAUGGGAUCGCAAGACCAAACAGCUGGCGGAAUCAAUGCCCAAAGUACUUCAGGAUCCAAUGCCACCGAUUUGGCUACAACCCAUCAAAAAGGCGGACAUCAAGCCCAGGCCCAGCUAUACUGCUCCGGUGUACAAGACCAGUGAACGACGAGGCGUGCUCUCCACAACGGGUCACUCUACCAACUUUGUGUUGCCUAUGUUACUGACGUCGGACAAACCGGAAAGUCACUGGAUUAUGCGAGGGGUUGCCCUGUUAUGCCAAUUGGACGACUGA